CGCAUGCGCAGCCCCGCCUGUUGGCGCUGACGCAGCCGUGCGGUGCGGUUGGUCACGUCGGCGUGAAAAGAAGAAACAAACACAGUUUCACGCAGCUGCUCUUUAUGUGAUAACAGAGGCCACUGCUCUGUUCGUUAUUCCUCACUGGGCAACACGAUGCUGCGACGUGUCCGGCUCGUUGUUUGUACCGCGGGCUGAUGAAAGGGAAGCUAACGAGCUAGCUCGGUUUAGCAUAGUCUGACAGUCAACGGCUGUAGCUUUGCAGCUAACUGGAUAUCUCCCCUGUGAACAAGACUAGGCAGUCAUGACGCAUAAAGUAAAUCUGUGCUCAGUUUCCCUCGGAGUCGAGGGCAUGACUUGUGGCUCCUGCGUCCAGUCCAUAGAGCAGCGCAUCGGGUCUCUCCCUGGAGUGAUGCAUAUAAAGGUGUCUUUAGAGCAGAGGAACGCUACUGUCCUAUUUGACCACAGCCAACAGAGCCCAGAGUCUCUCUCAGAUGCCAUCGAAGACAUGGGCUUUGAAUCAAGUCUGUCAGAGUCCAGCACAGCCACACCCGUCUCUACCGAUACCCACCUGAUCCCCACCUCAUGCCUGACACCUGCAGCCCAACAGGAAGCUUUGAAGAAGUUGUCCCAGAUUCAGGGAGUGUUGGAUGUCAGAGAGAGCACAACCCAGAUGGGUCUGGUUGUCACCUUUGUUCCUUCCCUGACUUCUUCGCAGCAGCUGAGUGAGGUGGUGGGCAGCUUAAUGCUUCCGGAGAUCCCCACACCCGGCAGCCCCAUGCAAACAAGCCCAACUUUGUCCCCAUCUCACUCCUCUGCGGGAAGUGGGGUGUCGCUCCUGAAGUUGCGCAUCGAAGGAAUGACCUGUCACUCCUGCACCACCACAAUUGAGGGGAAGAUUGGGAAACUCAAAGGGAUUGAAAAGAUCAAAGUUGUUUUAGAGACUCAGGAAGCUUCAAUCGUGUACCUGCCUUACCUCAUUACUAUCGAAACCAUCGUCGACCAGAUUGCUGUGGCCGGCUUUAAGGCGUGUGUCAAGUCAAAGCCUCGCCCUCUGCAGCUGUCCCCCAGUAACGUUGAACGUUUUGUUGAUUUACAAAAAACAACCGUUCCUUCGCCUUCAGAGGAGACAGAAAUCUUCAUAGACAUGACACUUACCAUGCUCAGGGUGAAAGGUAUGCACUGCCGUUCAUGUGUGGUCAACAUUCAGGACAAUAUCGCCAAGCUGCCCGGUGUCUCCUCUGUGGAGGUCUCUCUGGAGAAGGAGAAGGCCUCCAUCUGCUAUGACCCUCUAAAGAUCACAGUGGCUCAGUUGCAGAAGGCAAUAGAGGACUUGCCUCCAGGAAACUUCAAGACUCAACCCUGGGACAGUGGCCCUCUCACUACUACAUCCACAUCGCCCACAACUGCCUUAUUGUUGCCUCGUCCUGCAGGAGCAACUCAGGCCAAACCUGCUGCCUCACAGCCUUGUUUUACCCAGCCUCUGAGCUCUGUUGUUAAAAUUCACAUUGAAGGCAUGACGUGCAACUCCUGUGUCAAGUCCAUUGAAGACAUGAUCUCACCAAGGAAGGGGGUGAUGUCGGCCCAGGUCUCUCUGGCUGAUCACCAGGGGAUCUUCGAGUAUGAUCCCCUCCUGACCACACCAGAGCAGCUGAGGGAGGCCAUAGAGGACAUGGGCUUUGAUGCCUUCUUACCUGAGACCAAUUCACUGCUGCCUGAACCAGAUCACAGUCUCUCAAAGUCUUUGAGUCUAGCACCUGUGAAAGAUAAGGAGCUCAACAAUGACCUGCACAAAGAAACCCCCCAGGGACGCAACAGCGACCAGCACUUAAAAUGCUACAUCCAGAUUGGAGGGAUGACGUGUGCUUCCUGUGUGGCGAACAUCGAGCGAAACCUCAAGAACGAGGCUGGUAUCUACUCUGUUCUGGUGGCAUUAAUGGCCAGCAAAGCAGAGGUGCGUUACAACCCUGAACUCGUCGACCCUGUGAAGAUAGCUGAUUACGUGAAAGAGCUGGGGUUCACUGCCUCAGUCAUGGAGAACUAUGAAGGUUCAGAUGGAAACCUGGAGCUCGUGGUCAGGGGAAUGACGUGUGCCUCUUGUGUUCACAAAAUCGAAUCCAGUCUCAUGAGAGAAAAGGGGAUUAUAUAUGCCUCCGUUGCCUUGGCAACCAACAAAGCACACAUCAAGUACGACUCUGAAGUUAUAGGGCCGCGAGACAUCGUCAAGAUGAUUGAGAGUCUGGGAUUUGAAGCGUCUUUGGUGAAGAGAGACCGCACUGCUAGUCACCUGGACCACAGCAAAGAGAUUAAACAAUGGAGGAAGUCUUUCCUGGUGAGCUUGAUUUUCUGCGUGCCUGUCAUGGGCAUGAUGACCUACAUGAUUAUCAUGGACCAUCAAAUGAAUGUUUCGCAUCAGCACAACGCCACAGUGGAGGACCGCAACCACUACCACUCCACCAUGUUUCUGGAGAGACAGCUGCUCCCAGGCCUCUCCAUCAUGAACCUUCUCUCCUUCCUCUUCUGCGUGCCUGUGCAGUUUAUUGGAGGACGCUACUUCUACAUUCAAGCCUACAAAGCAGUCAAACACAAAUCUGCCAACAUGGAUGUGCUAAUAGUUCUGGCUACCACCAUAGCCUUCACCUACUCGCUGGUUGUCCUAAUUGUGGCCAUGGUGGAGAAGGCAAAAGUCAACCCCAUCACCUUCUUUGACACCCCACCGAUGCUGUUUGUCUUCAUCUCCCUGGGACGCUGGCUGGAACAGAUAGCCAAGAGCAAAACAUCUGAGGCUUUGUCCAAGCUGAUGUCUUUACAAGCAACUGAAGCCACGGUGGUCACUCUCAGCAGCGACAACUGCAUCAUCAGUGAAGAGCAGGUGGAUGUUGAGCUGGUGCAGAGGGGCGAUGUGGUGAAAGUUGUUCCUGGAGGGAAAUUUCCAGUAGACGGGAGAGUCAUCGAGGGACACUCCAUGGCCGACGAGUCCCUCAUCACAGGUGAGGCCAUGCCAGUGACGAAGAAGCCCGGCAGCUCUGUGAUUGCAGGCUCCAUUAACCAGAAUGGCUCUCUGCUCGUCAGUGCUACACAUGUUGGCAUGGACACCACACUGUCUCAGAUUGUCAAACUGGUGGAGGAGGCUCAGACUUCAAAGGCUCCCAUCCAGCAGUAUGCCGAUAAGAUCAGUGGAUACUUUGUACCCUUCAUUGUUGGUAUAUCCGUCCUCACGCUGAUCGCCUGGAUCAUCAUCGGGUUUUUAGACUUCUCCCUCGUGGAAAAGUAUUUUCCUGGUUACGACAAGAGCAUUUCCAGGGCAGAGGCAGUGAUUCGCUUCGCCUUCCAGGCCUCCAUAACAGUGUUAUGCAUUGCCUGUCCCUGUUCUCUUGGCUUGGCAACCCCGACAGCUGUCAUGGUGGGCACAGGGGUUGGGGCCCAAAAUGGCAUCUUGAUAAAGGGAGGAGAGCCACUUGAGAUGGCGCAUAAGGUCCAGUCGGUGGUGUUUGAUAAAACUGGCACCAUCACAUAUGGUGCUCCAAAAGUCAUCCAACUGAAGAUAGUGGUCGAGGGUAACAAGAUGCCUCGUUCCCGACUGCUGGCCAUCGUGGGUACAGCGGAGAACAACAGCGAACAUCCUCUGGGAGCAGCUAUCACCAAGUACUGCAAACAGGAGCUUGGCACAGAGUCUCUUGGCGCUUGCACAGACUUUCUGGCAGUUCCCGGCUGCGGCAUCCGAUGUCAGGUCAGCAACACGGAGACGCUGAUGAAACAGGCAGACAGCGACAGCGAGGAUAACAACCAGCGCAACAGCGUCCUCGUCCAGAUCAGUGACACCAGAAUGACCACCACCUCCCAUCCACUCAUCAUGGACCCACAGCCAUUAAGCCUCGUCCAGACAGCCAGCUAUGUUGUUCUGAUUGGCAACAGAGAAUGGAUGAGGAGAAACUGCCUAGAGAUAAGACCGGAGAUAGACGAGGCCAUGACGGAGCAUGAGCGCAGAGGACGCACUGCUGUCCUGGUAGCUGUAGACGAUCUGCUGUGCGCAAUGAUAGCCAUCGCAGACACGGUGAAACCAGAGGCUGAGCUGGCCGUCCACACUCUGACCAACAUGGGGCUGGAAGUUGUGCUGAUGACCGGAGACAACAGCAAGACGGCACGGGCCAUUGCUGCUCAGGUGGGUAUCCGGAAGGUGUUUGCUGAGGUGCUGCCCUCCCACAAAGUGGCGAAGGUGGAGCAGCUGCAGCAGUCAGGAAAGCGAGUAGCCAUGGUGGGUGACGGUGUCAACGACUCACCUGCUCUGGCCAUGGCUGACGUGGGCAUCGCCAUAGGAACCGGGACAGAUGUGGCAAUAGAGGCAGCAGAUGUGGUGUUGAUCAGGAAUGACCUGUUGGAUGUGGUGGGCAGCAUUGACCUCUCUAAAAAGACCGUCAAAAGGAUCAGGAUCAACUUUGUUUUUGCGCUUAUCUACAACUUGGUUGGCAUUCCUAUUGCUGCUGGUGUGUUUCUUCCUAUUGGUCUGGUGUUACAGCCGUGGAUGGGCUCUGCUGCGAUGGCGCUGUCAUCUGUUUCUGUGGUUUUGUCCUCGCUUCUACUCAAGUGUUACACUAAGCCGAGUGCUGAGAAGUUGGAAGCCAGACUGGGGGGUAACGGCAGACGGCAGGGCAGCCUGUCCGAUGUCAGUGUCCACAUUGGCAUGGGCGACAUGCGACGCCCUUCCCCCAAACUCAGCCUCCUGGACCGCAUUGUCAACUACAGCCGCGCCUCCAUCAACUCCCUGCGCUCAGACAAGCACUCACUCAACAGCUUGGUGCUCAGUGAGCCCGACAAACACUCCCUGCUGGUGGGGGAGGCGCGGUGUGAGGAGGAGUUUUGCUGAUUUCCUGAGGCUCACAUGGGCCAGCAACAACUUUUAUAUACUGUAGUAGACUGUAACUGCAUUUAUUGAAGGAUAGAGCAUGUUAAGCUGAAAGAGUUAAUGGCCCAUCCAUCUGCUGUAGGUGCCUCAGGGCAGCACUGUUGACUUGAAGAAAGCUUACAUGCCCCCUUCUCUUUUCUGCACUACAGAGCGCACUGGGGUGAUUUUCUCUUUUUCAGCUGCAGACUAUCCUUUCUCGAGGUCACUGCCCUCCAGCACACUCUUUGACCAACCCCCACCCUCUCUGAUCUUCUGCCACUCUGUGUGCUCGGGGGGGCAUGAAGCAUCUUCAGAGGCUUGAAGCAGGUGAUCACAUCCAGGAAGCAGAGUGACGAUCAACUCUCCUACUGUGGUCAUUUGCCAGUACAAUCUGUAACAUCUAUCCAAAGACAUUUUCACAGUGUAUCCCUUGUGAGAGUGGACACAGAGUUAUAUUUUGAUUCAUUUUCCAUUUAAUGGAAAAUUAUAAUAACACUGAUGUAUAAUUAUAUUCCAGAGUAUUUAUAUUACCCUUAUUUAUCUUUUUUUUUCUUUAUAUAUGAUGUGAAAAAUGAAGUUGUUGUAUCCAAAUGCCUAUUUCCAUUUAUCUCCCAAAAUGUGUAAUUACUAAGUGAGGUAAGGCAUCAAAAACUCGAUCAAAGAAGCCUUUUGCUGCAAACACAACGCUAAUGAAGUGAGUCGUAAAAAAUGUCGGUGUUACUAAAGUGCCAAUUGAAAUGCCGCCUUGGCAGAGUCCAACACAUUCCAAAGAUAGCACCAUGCAGAGGUGACUUUGGACUACAAUGUGCACACAAGUGUGAACAGAAGAAAGGUCAACAUCAACGAGCAGAAAACCAGUAGAUGUUUGACUGCGUGUGAAGACCCUCUGCGUCUUUGGGUCAUGGUACAAGAUGUCUGUCAAUGAAUGUGAACGUUAUUUGCUGUUAAACUAUAAAAAGGCUGUUACAUGAAGGUUUUGUGCUGUGAUGCUGUUUGUUAAGAAAAGGCCAAAUUGUAAAGGCAUGUGUGUUCUGUCAUUACAGUGGGCACGAUGUCGCUGAACGCACAGCAGGAUCAGCAGCUGUGCUGAUGAAUUAUGUGGAUUGUUUCAUAAAAAAUCACGUUGUGUAACUUACAAAAUGGAGAUCACACUAUUGCAGACAGCUAUGCUUUAUUUUAUUUUUUACACCUACAAAGAUUUGCAGUCCAUCUGUUCCUUGAAGUUUUGUGUCCAAAGCUCUCUGGUAUUUCUUUGUCCCAUCAGUUUGUCCUGCCACAAUCCCAUGAUGCAAUAUGUUCUGUAGCUGCUUUCUCAGUGCAAUUAUGCCAACCUGUUGUUUUUGUGCAUUGCUAUGUAAAGGCGUCUUAAGGCUUCAGAUCUGUGUGUAAUCAAAUGAAGCAAGUCCAUGUUUGCAAUCUUUCAUAGUUCUUCUGAACAUUAUGUGCCUUGGAAUAAAAAUCCCCUUUGUAACGUCAGUCGACUGUGUCCAGUUUAAACCAGAAGAUGGCGCUGCGGCACCAUUGGCAGCACUAAAACAACAGACAAGAUUUCAUCAAGUUUAUUUCAUCCAGUUAGUCUAAACAUCACAUCACCCCAAUGUACUGCAAAACAAUCAAAUACAAUUUGUGUCAUCUGUUUUUAAAAAUACUUAUUGUAAUUAAUGCAAACUGUAAAUGACUUAUUCCUCUUGAGUCGAUCUGUAUCGCUUUGGCUGUAGUGAUCAUUUGAUUUGGUAGACUGAAGCUUGUGAACAUGUUAUUUAUUAGGGAGUUGAUUUAAUAUAUUUGUUAGUCAGAGGUUAAGGGAUUAAUAAUCAGAAAAAAUGUCUACCGAAGGGCAAGUUUAGUACUUCUUCUCAUCUUGUGUUACUCCCUCACUGAAAAGCAUUGUGGUCAGGAAACAGAACGGGUUUAACCAGGUCUAAAAAAUGUGCAGCUUUUGAAAUGUUACAACAUUGUGCUUUUCUGGACUAACACGCCUCGAGCAGCUGUAAUUUGAAAAUGCUACAUUCAGUUAACCUUAACCAUUAACAAACUUCACUUCAAACCAGCUAGGGAACGGCUCAACUCCAACAAAACUCUCUGGAAACACUGGCAAUCUAAAAUAAAAGUUACUUAUACAGCAAUAUAUGCAAGUAGAUUUACAUUAUUUUAAACAUUAAAACACCUUACAGAAAUUACACAGCAUGAUGAGCAAAAA